AUGCGGACUGCACGGAGACCCCUCUGCCUGCGGCAUCAGGCAGGCUGGGAGCUGGGAUUUGCGCCCGAAUCCAGAUUUUCCGGUGUCCUCCUGCGAAUCAAGAUCAGUAGCGUUGUGAACCUGGAUGCUCAGCUGAAAGUCAUUGCUGUUGAUGAACAGCUGAGAGUCAUUUAUGAGGAUAAUGUUCAUUUUGACAAAGACCUUCCGGAAUUUAAGACUCAAGGCGGAGUCUACAUGCACAAUGACAGACUGACGGUCACUUCUCCUGUGCUAAUGUGGGUCAAGGCUCUGGAUAUGAUUUUGGAAAAGAUGAAGUCUUCGGGCUUUAACUUCUCUCAAGUCAGAGCUUUGUCUGGUGCUGGCCAGCAACAUGGGAGUGUGUACUGGAAAAAAGGAAGCAUCCGAACUUUAAAGAGUGCAUCAUCUGAGCUGCCUUUACAUCAGUCACUAAAGGCUUGUUUUUCUGUCAGUAACAGCCCCGUCUGGAUGGACUCCAGCACAGCUUCCCAGUGCAGCGCUCUGGAGAAAGCCGUGGGGGGAGCCCAGCACCUGGCGAGUAUCACUGGUUCUCGAGCCUAUGAGCGUUUUACAGGAAACCAGAUAGCAAAGAUUUACAGCCAGAAUCCUGAGGUCUACAUGCAAACUGAGAGGAUCUCUUUGGUUAGCAGUUUUGCAGCUUCCCUUUUCCUAGGAGCUUAUGCACCCAUUGAUUACAGUGACGGUUCUGGUAUGAAUUUGCUGCAGAUUUGGGAAAAGGUGUGGUCAGUGUCCUGCCUUGAUGCUUGUGCUCCUGGAUUAGAGGAGAAACUAGGAUGCCCUGUGCCAUCCCAUUCAGUCCUGGGGCCCAUUUCUCCGUAUUAUAGUCAGCGUUAUGGGUUUAGCCCAGACUGUAAAAUAGUAGCAUUUACAGGAGACAAUCCAGCGUCAUUGGCAGGGAUGAGACUUCAAGAAGGAGAUAUUGCAAUUAGCCUUGGCACAAGUGACACAUUGUUUCUAUGGAUCCAAGAACCAACUCCUGCCUUAGAAGGUCAUAUUCUCUGCAAUCCUGUUGAUUCUCAAACAUACAUGGCACUUUUAUGUUUUAAGAACGGCUCUCUGAUGAGGGAGAGGAUAAGGGAUGACUGUGCAUCAGGCUCCUGGGAUGAAUUCUCCAAAGCCUUAUCAUCUACUGUUGCUGGAAACAAUGGAAACUUGGGUUUCUACUUUGAUGUGAUGGAAAUUACUCCUGAAGCAGUUGGGAUUCACAGAUUCAACAGAGACAACCAAAAGGUUUCAGCCUUUCCAAAGGAGGUGGAAAUACGAGCGUUGAUUGAAGGGCAGUUCAUGGCCAAGAGGAUUCAUGCUGAAAAGCUGGGGUAUAAAGUCAUGCCCAGAACAAGGAUUUUGGCUACUGGUGGUGCAUCCCACAAUGAAAAGAUCUUACAGGUCCUGUCCGAUGUGUUCAACGCACCGGUGUACACUAUCGAUACCGCCAACUCUGCUUGUUUAGGAAGUGCUUACAGAGCAAUUCACGGGCUUGUAGCUGAACAGAAUGUGUCCUUGGCUGAUGUCGUGAAAUUAGCACCGGAGCCUAGAUUGGCUGUUACACCAACUGCUGGGGCUGAGGAGCUCUAUCGUCCACUUCUGAAAAGAUAUGCUGAGCUUGAACAGAAGGUUAUCUACAACCCAGCCUCUUCUUGUCUUACGAAAUAGAAGCGAACAAAAUUUAUAAGUUGGCUGAAGAGUGGACUCCCAAGGAGAAGAUCAGAAAAGAUUUGCUCAGAAUUUACUGGAGUUGUUUAAAUCAUUCUGUUCCUCUUUGUAGACAAAUAAUUUUUAAAUGUCUGUGUUUGAAUGUGUUGGUGGAAAAAAUUACUUUGUGAUUGAAAACCUGAUUAAAAAA